GCUCGUGCUCCCUUUUCCGAAGUCAGCCCAUUCCAGUCUAGUCACUUGUUUUGUAAACAGCUCGUACGCUUCCACCAGUACUGCCAAAAGUUCAAAAAAAUUCCGUGUUUAAAAUAAAAUUGGAAAUUGGAAAUCUUUUCUUACGCGUAUCUCUACGAAACCGAACUUUAGCCCAUUAAGAUGUGUUGCCAAGGAGCCUGUGGAUCGGUAUCCUAUGCCUUGGCCUACGGACCCGUUGGACCCGCUCUGCCUGCCAUGAACUACCAAAACUGCUGCUGCGGCCCCAAUCCGCCCUGUGGUCCCUGGACUUGCCCACCGAACAGGUGCUGUUGCGCCGGCGAGUGGGGCUGCUUCGGACCCUUCUACUGAAGACCCCUGGGAUGCGGAGGAGUCUAUAAAAAACCACGUAGAAGGACGUGGAAUUUUUUUGUUCUUUUGGUUUGAGCCUUGCUACCUUAUGUACAAAGGUCUAAGCAAAUCAAUAAAUUAGUGUCUUUAAAGUAAAAA